CGUGUAACAAACAUCGUUGAAACUGUUUUCUAGCAUUUUGAAUAUUGUCUUUCUAGACUCAACUCAUACCACUUCUUUUUUUAAAUAUACCUAUAAUUAGUAAAAAUUUAGGUGCAGCAUCUAGUAUAAAUAUUUUCCCGUGCACUAUCAGUGAAAGUUAAUAACCCUUAAAGAAAAUAAUGAUUAUAAGGUUAUCAGGUUUAAAACAAGAACAUUGAGAACGGCAGUACGGUGCUUAUAUUACGUACGUACCGGUGUUUUUAACUUCUACAACUGGCAUUAUUUCCUAUACCUUUAAAUUGUGUCUAAUGGAUGCUAGACGAUCUUUAAUAGUGUGUGGGUUCAAACUAUUACUUUUAUUUGAUAAUUUAGUUCGCGAUGUCCGCCACGGCUGAGGCGUAUAUUUUGUUUCUAUUUUUUAUAAUCGUCAUGUUUUUGCUGUACGGGUUCUUCCAAAAGAAACUGAAAUUACAAGAAGACAUGUUCAACAACCACAAUUUCAGCGGUUUCAGUGUACUGGUGCAGAAUCGGUUAAGAAGAAGUUAUGGUUGUCAUUAUGCUCAACAGCAGGAACAAAAUGUUUACAGCAUCAGCGGCCGAGUUCAAGGGCAAGAGCAGCAACAGCGGUUUCCUGAAGCGUUUGUCUCGGUUGAACACAUCAGCAUCAUGAACGAAAUGAACAAACCUCCGAAAUACGAUGACGCUCCUCCAUCAUAUGAAGAAGCCAUCAAAAUCGCAAUGGCCCAAAACAAUUCGAUGGAAACUCUGCGAGCAGAACAGGCAGGCGUGCACCAAGCAAGUAGCAGUUCCUCUGUGACUGUUGUACAGCCUGCUGUACCAAAUCGAACGACUGAAUAGUAUUAAGUUUAAAAAUUAUGUUUUAAAAUUCGAUAUUAAAAAAAUAAGAACUUAGAGUUCUUGUUCUAGAGACAAUAAAGAAAUUGUCGUCAAGCAAAACUAAAGGUUGUCAAAAUUACUUUAUAGUAUUAUUAUAUAUUUUCAGUUACUAUCAGAAUGUUCUAACAGUUUUUGUGAUAUUCAUAUAUACAUAAUUAUGUAUAGAAAAAUUAAUAAUAUAUUUUUUUUACCUCCUGUUUAUCUAUAUUCCAACUGAGAUAUUAAUAUAACAUAUAUAACGUAAAAAUGUCGAAAGUGAGCGCGUGUGAAUGAGGAAGAAUGAUUAAUGUAAAGUUUAUUAAAGACUAAGAUGCACAAACUCAAGAGGUAUGCACGCGAAGAGUAAAUGCUACCGUAAUGUAUUACUGUAACAAUUUCCUGUAGGUACUGAUAUAUGUGUACAUAUAUUAUAUUAAGUGUAUUGCUGUCGUACAACUGUUCAAGUGCAUUCCUCAUGUAUUUCUUUGCCGUUUAGUGUAUCUUAGCGCUGUUUAAACUGUAAUAAUUAUAUUAAAAUGUAUUUAGUGUACAUAAUAUUUAUAUAAGCGUAUUUUCUACCAUUAAUUACAUAUAGUGAUUAGUAAAAUUUAUAUUAACUUUAUUCGCAUUUUGUUGUGAUAUUCAAAACUAUAAAGAUCCAGAAAAAUCUCAAGAAUUUAUUUAUG